ACUGCUUAUACUUUACUGUAUUUAUAAAGUUAUACUCCAACGUUUAAGCUGUUAUUUCACUCGAUUUCUAAGCAAGAAAUACAUAUGAUGGAAAUGUGCAGAACCUGCCUUAAAAGUCCAGCUAAUAAGCAUAUUUUGGAUCUGGAAAGGGCCAUAAAAGACGACAACAAGGACUCCUUCCAUAUUAUGUUGUUUUGCUUAGAUAUACAGGUCGUCGAAGACUCUAAAAUAACAACGAAUUUGUGUAACAGUUGUUACAGAAAAAUUAUAUCAUAUUACAGAUUUAAGGAUCAAUCUCUGAAAAAUGAUGCAUAUUUAAAAUCUCUGAAACCAGCUGUACAAUCGGGGGAACAGAUAUUGUCUCUGUAUGUGGAUGAAAACGGAAUUAAACGCGAGAAUUUCAUAGAUACUGAUGUUUUCGGUCCCUGUCACAUAGAGGACAAUACAGAACUUAAAACAGAAGAAGAUUUAUUAGAAAAUAUCAAAAAUGAAGACUCUUCAUAUGGUGCAGAGUCAGAUGAAGAGCCAUUGAAUAUUGUACAGAAGAUUAAAUAUGAAAAUGUUAAAAUAGACAAUAAAAAAACAGCUCCAGAGCACAGGAAACGUGGUUGUUCCAAAAAGAAAAAACUACAAAAAACAAGGCAGGCCAAGGAAAAGAGUAAAGUGUGUGAGGAGUGCGGCAAAUCUGUUCGCGACCUCAAGGAACAUUUACUUCUUCACCAGGCACAGGGUGAGAGGCGAUUGUUUCAGUGUGAGUCCUGCCCAAAGCUCUUCAAAACCGCCUCAGGUCGACGCAGACAUCGCCAUAACAUUAAUUUAGGUUUACAUGAUGUACGAAAAAAGAAAUCCGUAUGUGAUAUUUGUAACAAAGAGUUCAGAAGUCUUAAGUCACAUAUAAUGAUAAAGCAUAAUAAGGAAAGUUUACCGCACGGCUGUGUGUCAUGUGAGCGCCGGUACUUGAGCCGCGCGGCGCUUGCGAUACACAUGGCCAGUACACAUCUUGACAAGUCGGAAUUACCAUAUGAGUGUGAUAUAUGCAAAAAGAAGUACUGCUCCAAACUUUCUGUCUCAAACCAUAUACGUCAACGUCAUUUAAAUGAAAAGAAUUAUCAAUGUGAUAUCUGUUCUAAAACUUUUUUCGAGAAACGACCAUUUAUUGGUCAUAUGGAGACGCACAGUAAGGUUCCACUGUACAAGUGCACCGACUGCGGCCUUGCCCUCAAGACAAUGGAUACUCUGAGGAGUCACCGCCUGCUCCACACCAGUGACAAGAGGAUUCCGUGCAAACUCUGCAGCAAGACCUUCCAAAAAAUCGCGUACUUGCGGACCCACAUGGAGACGCAUACGGCGGUGAAGCGCUUCGCGUGCCGCUGCUGCGGCACGCGCUUCCGCCGCGCGGACCAUCGCGGCCGGCACGAGCGCACCGCGCACCAGAAAAUAAUAAAGGACGAAUAAACAAAACGA